UGCCGGGUAUUGCAUGACAAGACCCAAUCUCUCUAGGAAGGGAGCUCUCCAGCUGAGUGCACCCUGGCCUUCUCACUGGCUCUGGCCCAGGGCCCAGUUCUGCCCUUGGAUACACACCCAUGCAUGGGUCCACAGGCUUCCGUGGGAGCUGAAGGCAGAAGCGUGGUGACAUGCACCUGAACCCUGUGUUCCCAGCAUAGCGCCCAGAAGGCCGGGUGAGGGAGGGAUGAACCUCCACCCAAAUCCUCCUCUCUCCAGUUGCUCUGCAGCAGAUCAGCAUUGCACAUGGGGCCGUUCUUCUCCAUCCGAGAAGGAAGCAAGGCUAGUGGAAACCAAUUCGAUCCCAAAGGAGUGCUCCUUUCUCAGGGGCCUUCUGGGGAAAUACAGCCCCAACCUCUCCUAGAAGACAAACGGGGAGAGUCUCUCCCACUUCGGUCACUGCCCAGUGUGCAGGCUACAAGGAGAUCUCCAUUUGGCAAGUGUUUCUCCCCUGAGACCAACACCUACUGCUAGGACCCGGCGAGCCAGACAGCCUUCCACCACUACCUUGAGGGGGAGGGAGAAACCAAUCCCCCAGCCAGACCCACACAGCUUAGGUGUAGGAUUGUAAGAGCUCACACAGGCAGCUGCAGUGGCAGAUUGCAGCAGCAGCUGCGAGGGCAGGCAGCAGAUGAGGACUUGAAAACGGAGCGGUAUUCUUCAACCCUUCCGGGAGAGGAGCAGCCAGGUUGGUGCUGGCAAGCCGGAGUCAGCUGUCCCUCGGCUGCAUUCCAGGCAUUCCCAGGGACUUCUAAGGCAGGUUGAGAAAACGCUCAGGAGGGGAACGCAUUCGAAGAUAGUCUGAGAAGAGAUUUUUACCUUGAAACUAGGACCAUGGUUUCUGGAUUUCAGUACAGCCUCCUUCUGUUCCUGUGCCUCACAGCAUGCCAGGGAUCUCCCGCUUCUCAGAACUGUCUCAACAAGCAGCAGCUCCUGGCUGCCAUCCGCCAAAUGCAGCAGUUCUUAAAGGGGCAGGAAACGCGGUUUGCAGAGGGAGUGCGCGUCAUGAAGAACCGGCUGAUAACCCUGCAGAACGCGGUGACGAAAGCCGCCCCGGACCCACAAUCCGUGUCUUGCCCUGCACUGGAUGCCCCCGUGGAUGGCAGAAGAUUUGGUACCAAGUACUUUGUGGACCAUGAAGUCCAUUUCACCUGCGAACCUGGUUUUCAGCUCCUGGGUUCCAGCACCCGAGUGUGUCAGGCAAAUGGCAGCUGGACUGGAGAAGCACCGCGGUGCAAAGUGAUCAGCAAAUGCUCGAGCAAUCCCUGCCAGAAUGGUGGAACUUGUGUGGAUGGAGUAAACCAGUACAAAUGCACUUGUCCUCAAGGGUGGACCGGUGAGAACUGCCAGUACCAAUCACAAACAGCCCCACCUGCGUGGAGUGUUACGAACGACCCGGCUUUCAGUCGCAAGCCACGCUGUGCCAAAAUCGACAGGACCCAGCACUGCAGCUGCGAAGCCGGCUUCCACAUGAGCGGCACGGCCGACAACAGCAUAUGUCAGGACGUAAACGAGUGUGAGGUUUACAAGCUGGAGGGAGCCCCUCGUCUGUGCAUGUACGCCUGUGUCAACGUUCCCGGCUCUUACCGCUGCUCCUGCCCCAGUGGGUACAAGAUCCUCGGAGACGGGAAAAGCUGUGAAGAUAUAGACGAGUGCAGCCUGUCCCAGCACAACUGCACCAGGGGCAUGACGUGCAUUAAUACAGGAGGAGGCUUCCAGUGCGUCAGCGCCGAGUGCCCUCGGCCCAGCGGCAAUGCCAGCUAUGUGAAAACAUCGCCAUUCCAAUGUGAACGCAACCCCUGCCCAAUGGACAGCAGAUUGUGCCAUCAUGCCCCAAAGUCCAUCUCCUUCCAUUAUCUCCCUCUGCCUUCCAAUCUAAUAACCCCCACCCCUCUCUUCCGCAUGGCAACUGCCUCCGCCCCAGGCCGGCCUGGGCCUGACAGCCUGCGCUUCGGGAUUAUUGGGGGCAACAACCGAGGGCAUUUUGUGAUGCAGCGCUCCGACCGGCAGACGGGAGAACUGAUCCUUGUGCAAAGCCUGAAAGGACCCCAGACCAUCGAGGUGGAGGUGGACAUGUCCGAGUAUCUGGAUCGCACCUUCCAGGCGAAGCAUGUCUCCAAGAUCACAGUCUUCGUGUCUCCCUAUGAGUUUUAAAGAAACACAAUUUCUGCAAGUCAGCAAAUACACAGCCCCAAGGACUGUUCCUGUUCAUCCCUCGCUUUCUUUCAGCGCUGACUCGAACGAAAUUCCUUCCUUUCGAAAUGGUGAAAGGCCACGGUGCUGCAGCAGUUCUAAAAAACAGGACCUUAAAAGCCCAGUGCUGAGAGACAAGACAAACCGCAUUACUCUGGCAAUGCCAGGAUGGGGCUUGCAAUAAUCUCAGACUCAUUUGUUCUUGAGAAGUUUUGACUCUGGACAUUUCUGACUUUGCUUCUCACCAUCUUCUGUAGCACAUGCCUCCAGGAACACUAAUCAUAGUAACAGAGAUGUAGCAAUGAAAUCCAGAUUAUAGCCUAUAUAAACCUCCAUAGAGUAAAUAUCCUUCUAUCAGAUUUCAGGUUGAUUUGUCUGCUCCGUCUCCUGGCUGGUUUUACACUCACAUACAUGGAAAACAGCCAUCGAAGUGUGAAUGAAAUCACAUGCUCUCCAGCAGCUGCACCCGCCCAGAAAUCUGGCCUGCCCUGCAGUCAGACUAGCAAUGGGCCACAUGCCCAACAGUUAUCAGUGACACCGUAACAACAAGUAGCCUCCCCAUCAAUGGAAAAAUGGGCUAGUGAGAAAUCUUUGAACAAACGGAUGUUGCUUAUAACUCCUUUGUCCUGGUCCAAUCCCCUUCAAAAGGCGUCCCAAGGCAUUUGCCCCAAUAAAGGGUUGAAGUCUGUAGAUGUCAAUUAA